AUGUCGGAAAAGGAGGAUCGAUUGACUGGCGAAGACGGUAUCAAAGUGGAGUACACAACCUCAAACUUCACAAUUCAUAAGUUUAAUGCAGUCAUUUCUGAACGAAAAAUAGUGUACCAAGUUGUAAAAAUGACAGACUCGUUGCUUAUAUUCAUAAACGAGAAAGACAAUAUGCAGUUUAGUACUCUGUUCUUGUCGUUGAUGAACCGGUAUGACACUCAACCAAUCUGUACUCGACUUUUCGGUGACUUUACUGUAGAAGUUUCAAAAGGGAUAGCCUCAAGACUCGCAAAGAAAUUGUGCAAAGCAGUGUACGUAAGUUGUAACAUGGAGGAAGAUAGGACGUUAUUAACUUUAAUAGAGCAACGAAUGUAUGAGGAAAUUAAAGAAAAUCCAGACAUGUUUUAA